UAGUAUAUGGAUGAGGAGGUUGGGCAGCAGCCCUGUCUGGAUUUAAUCCCUUGGUCUGUUUAUUAAUAAUCACAGAGAAAGCUCUACAAUUAGGGGAUGUCUUUGUUUUGCAGCCAAAUAGUGAAGACUCUGGUUUUCCCUUUGAGAAGAUGCAGCUGGUUGGGAACUGGGGUUCGUUUCAUUUCCAUACCUGGAUAAUCCGUUAUGGACGAGUGCAGCAAAACGAAGAGGACAUGCAUCACCUGUGCAUUGUGAGGGGAGUGGAGAAACAGCUGUGGUGGAGCAGAGUCAUUCAGGAAAAAAUCCUGGACCCAUGGGGUAAUGUCCAGGUGGUCCUCACCAACAAGGAGGUGACUGGUAUUAAGUUCCUUGGUAGAAGGAUCCAUGGACUCAGGUCUUGCCUCGUCAAGAGGAGGUCAGAGUUCACCUAUUAUGAGGACGCCCAGCAGGUGGAUAUCUCCACCACAGUGGAGGGGUUCCAGGAGAGGGGGGAUGACAUGAUGACGUAUCAGUUCUCUACCUCUGACAUUAUCACCACCCCUCUUGAGCCGUCCUCUGGCUCCUCUCAGCAGUUCCCCCAGGAUUCUCCACCUCCCCCUCCGCCUCCCCCGUUCCCUUCCCCUCCACCUUACCACUUCACCCAGGACCAGACCCCUGACAGCACUCCUCAGGAGUUUGUGGAGGAGCAACAUAAUGUUGCAGAUGUGCCCCAGCUGUGGAGUUACUUUGGAAACCAAGGGACAAGCAACUUCUCUCUGAGGCUGGCCGGUAUCCGACGUGCUAUGGAGGCUCUGACAUCCUCAGACAGUACCUCCCUUAAUUACCUCACCCACGCUGGGAGGAUGGUGUUGAGUGGACUGUCCGAGCUCAACCAGCAGAUCAACCACAUCAAUUUCACGGAUGUAUUUUAUGAAUUUGUUCUACUGAGCCUUCUUGAAGGAAAAACAUCUCUUCCAACAUCUAGGCCUGGUAGCUUCUUUUAUCUGCUCAUGGAAGUGAUGAUGAGGAUUCGCCCUCCUGGAGGAGCCUGGACAGAGUCUGCUGGGAACUUCUACCUCCUCAUUAAGGAUCAGAUGAAGGCGUGGUUGGACUCCAUCUUCAACCUCGAUGAGUCCAUCUAUGAAAGCCCACAGAGGCUCUCGUGGCAGGUGAUGGAGAAUCUAGAAAUGCCGGUUGACUUCCUCCUGUCCAGCCUGGAUUAAGGGUCCCAAACUGAGCUGAGGAUCCC